UUUGAUAAGAAUUUAAUUUAUAAAUGUAUCUUCUUUAUUCAAAAAGUUUCGAGUUCUAAGCAGACCUGCACGUAUUCCCUCAACCAAAGAGAUCGAUAUGGCAUUUUCCAUAGUGACUCUGGUUUUGGUCAUAAUUUUCCUCAUUGAUUACACCAAUGGAAAGUGUGGAGAUUGCCAAGAUAAUUUUGUUGCAUGUCAAAGUUUGACUACAUUUUCACUUUGCAUUGAUGAUAAAUCCAAUGACGAUGAAAUUCUGGAAUGUCCGCAAGGAAGAUUAUGCACCGAUAAACCUGAUAUCUGCGUAGAAAAUACCAAUAGUUCUUUUCAAGCCAGCUGUGGUCAAGGCUGUGAAGUAUGCAAUUCCCAUGAUAAAGUAUUUUCAUGUGUCGGAAGAUCAGAAGUGGCAUUUUGUUUUGGAGAAGAUUUGCCAUUCUAUUCGGUCAUAGCUCGAUGCCCCAAAGGAUAUGUAUGUGAUCUUAGUAGUAGAGCUAUUUGUGUCAAAAAAGAUUAUAGUGAGGGGUCCUGUGACAAAGAUUACAAAGAUUCAACAUCGGAUUUGCCGAUUAUUGAUGUAGCAACACCAUCAUCGGUGUCAUCCUCACCUCUAAUUCGAGAUGCUCAAACUUUCUGUCGUGAAAAUGCCAUGGAGGGAACUUUUGCGGCAGAGGGUGAUUUAACUUGUAAAAAGUAUUACAUUUGUCAGGCCCUCAGUAAUGGAAGUAAAUUUAUGGGAUAUUCGUAUUACUGCAGCGGAAGUGAUUAUUUUGAUCCUGUUAAACGGUUUUGUGUUGCUGAUAAACCUAAAAGUUGUUAAUUGAGAUCACUACAAUUUAGCCACAGGAAAAAUUCCUUUGUUAUGUGUCCCCUAUGAUUAAAAACGUUUUCUUUUCUCAAAGUGUUUUAUAAAGAAUUUAAGUUAAAUUAAUUAAAUUCAAAUCAAAUAUGUUCUUCGAGUUCUCCUCAAUUAAUUUUUAUUUCUUCUAAGUUAAGGCUCAUAAAAGACUCAAGAUAAAAUGUAUAAGAAUCAAUCCAAUUGUUAACAA